AUGGAUGCUAUGGCCUUGGUGCAGAAGUACGGUAAACCAGACAUCUUCCUCACCAUGACUUGCAACCCUAACUGGGAAGAAGUACUUAGGGAGCUUGAACCUGGCCAGACACCACAAGACCGUCCUGAUCUUGUUGUGCGAAAUCAAAAUCGCACAUGCAAGAGCUAUUAUCCACGCCAGUUUACUGAUACAACUCUCCAAGGCAAGGACUCUUACCCCAUCUACAGAAGACGGGAUGAUGGGCAAAAGGUACAUGUAAGAGGGCAUGUCUUGGACAACAGAUGGGUUGUACCAUAUAAUCCUAAGCUACUAAGGAGGUAUGACUGCCACAUCAACGCCGAGGUUUGUUCAAGCAUUAAGGCUGUCAAGUACCUUUACAAAUACAUCUACAAGGGUCAUGACAGGGUAUCUGUUUCUAUCAAUGAUGCCAAUGACAAUCAUGAGAUUAAUGAGAUCGAUGAUUACAGGGAAGCUAGAUGGGUAGCCCCACAGGAGGCAUUGUGGAGAAUCUUUGCCUUCGAUCUUAGUGGGAUCUUCCCUCCAGUGCUCCAGCUGCAACUUCAUCUCCCUGGCAUGCAUCUCGUGUCCUACAGGGAUAACGCGGAUGCGAAUUGUGAGUUCCCGUGGGCACGAAGUAUACUAUAUAGGGAAUUUCCAGAAUAUGCAGUUUGGAACCCUACAUUAAAGAAAUGGAAGAAGAGAAAACAAUGCACACAGGUUGGAAGGAUCAUCUCAGCGCAUCCUGCGGAGGGAGAAAGAUACUAUCUAAGGGUACUACUAAACCACGUGGCAGGUGCUACUUCAUAUGAAAAUCUAAGGACAUUUGAUGGUGUUGUCUACCCUACCUUCCGAGAAGCUGCUGAGAAAAGAGGUCUUAUUGAGUCAGACAAUAACAUCGAUGAUUGCCUAACAGAGGCUGAAAUAUUCCAUAUGCCAUCAUCUCUCCAAAGGUUGUUUGCCACAGUAUUGGUUUUCUGCGAACCCAACGAUGUCCGUGGGAUAUGGAACAAGCACCUAGAGGCAAUGUCUGAUGACUUCCGAUGA